GCGCUGCGCAGGCGCUAUUGAGUCUGCAACUUAGCUGUUUGUGUGCACGGAAAUCCGCUGCACUUGGUGACACAAGAUUCUGGACUGUCUCUGACAGAUGUUCUCGGGGUGGUGACCCCUGAACGCCAAGGACCAAGAGCUACAACUUGAAAGAAGCUAGCGCCAUGGGCAGCAGCUGCCGCAUCGAAUGCAUAUUUUUCAGCGAGUUCCACCCCACGCUGGGACCCAAGAUCACCUAUCAGGUCCCUGAGGACUUCAUCUCCCGGGAGCUAUUUGACACUGUCCAAGUGUACAUCAUCACCAAGCCAGAGCUUCAGAACAAGCUUAUUACUGUCACAGCCAUGGAAAAGAAGUUGAUCGGCUGUCCUGUGUGCAUUGAACACAAGAAGUACAGUCGCAAUGCCCUUCUCUUCAACCUGGGCUUUGUAUGUGAUGCCCAGGCCAAGACCUGUGCCCUGGAGCCCAUUGUUAAAAAGCUGGCUGGCUACCUGACCACACUGGAGCUAGAGAGCAGCUUCGUGUCCACAGAGGAGAGCAAGCAGAAGUUGGUGCCUAUCAUGACCAUCUUACUGGAGGAGCUAAAUGCCUCUGGCCGGUGUACCCUGCCCAUAGAUGAAUCCAACACCAUCCACCUGAAGGUGAUUGAGCAGCGGCCAGACCCUCCUGUGGCCCAAGAGUAUGAUGUCCCUGUCUUUACCAAGGAUAAGGAAGAUUUCUUCAGUUCACAGUGGGACCUCACCACACAACAGAUCCUGCCCUAUAUUGAUGGUUUCCGCCACGUCCAGAAGAUCUCAGCUGAGGCAGAUGUGGAGCUUAACUUGGUGCGCAUUGCCAUCCAGAACCUGCUGUACUAUGGUGUUGUGACUCUGGUGUCCAUCCUCCAGUACUCCAAUGUGUACUGCCCGACACCCAAAGUCCAGGACCUGGUAGAUGACAAAUCCCUUCAAGAGGCAUGUCUGUCCUUCGUAACCAAGCAAGGGCACAAAAGAGCCUGUCUCCGGGACGUGUUCCAGCUAUACUGCAGCCUGAGCCCUGGCACUACCGUGCGAGACCUCAUUGGCCGCCACCCCCAGCAGCUGCAGCACGUUGAUGAACGGAAACUGAUCCAGUUCGGGCUUAUGAAGAACCUUAUACGAAGACUACAGAAGUAUCCUGUGCGGGUAUCUCGAGAGGAACAGAGCCACCCUGCCCGGCUUUAUACAGGCUGUCACAGCUAUGAUGAGAUCUGCUGCAAGACAGGGAUGAGCUAUCAUGAGCUAGAUGAACGGCUGGAAAAUGACCCCAACAUCAUCAUCUGCUGGAAGUGAGGCUGGCUGGUGGGGGAGUACUGCUGUGUCUAUUCCCUCCUGCUGAGUCCUGCCUGGUACAUGGAGGCCAAACAAAUAGACUAGUAUUUGCUGAAAAGUGACCGCCAGUUCUGUAAAUAAAGUCUUCAUUUCAACCUA